GGGUCGGCCGAGCGCAAAUGUGCGCUCUACGUGCUGACAGUCGCGUCUCGUACGAGCUGCCCGAGCAUUUCGUUCGCAUAACGAGCGCGUCCCCGAAACGUUCAUCGUGAGGGUUGUCCCCCGGGUAACAUAGGAGGACAUCUUCCAGUGAACAUCCUCCGUUUUUCAGUGUGUGUCCGUUUCUCUCCACCUGUCUAUCUUUACUCGUUGUCCGUCUCUGUCUCUCGUUGUAUCCCCGACUCCCUCUCCGUCUCUGUUUCUCUCUCUCUCGGUCCAUCGAGGGGGUAAAAGUGGCGCGAGCACGGGCAGACCCAGCCGGAGACUGGCGGUGUUCGAGGCACUGGCGCAGCUGGUGCACGAGAUCAGGAUGAAAUCGAGGAGUAACAUAGCUGUAUUGAUCCUGCAUCGAGAUCCUCGAGGUUACGAUCUCGUUAUCGAGGCUACGUUCGCGUAAAGAUCCCGGGGAGGAAGUUUGUCGUUGCUGGUGGAGGACAGCCUCCGGCAAGGCAGGUAACCGCGGAAGGGAAAACGAGGAGAGGCAAAAGGUGGAGCUAGAGCGAACUGUGCUACCAGGGGAGGGCCUACCACCUGGCUGUCAGAGGGUGUUUGACGGGGGGUGACGGGUAACAGCACCUAAGGGCGGGUGGGGGGAUGCAGCUCGAAAGGGUGGCGGCAUGGAGGAGCCCUCGCUGGAGGCUCUCAUGCAGGCGGGCCUCAUCUUCGUGGUCGGUGUCGCCAUCAUCCUCUCGAAUCUCCUCAUCAUCGCCACCUAUCUUAAUUUCCGUGGUCCCUCCGAGGUGAUAAACUACUAUUUGCUGUCUCUCGCGUCGGCGGACCUUCUUUGUGGUCUGCUGGUGGUUCCACUGUCGGUGUAUCCGGCUCUGGUACGAAGAUGGGUCUAUGGGGACAUCGUGUGUCGUCUCGUCGGCUACUUGGAGGUUACACUCUGGGCGGUAUCUGUUUACACCUUCAUGUGGAUCUCCGUGGACCGGUAUUUGGCCAUCAGAAAACCACUGCGAUACGAGACCGUGCAAACGAAAACGCGAUGCCAGUGUUGGAUGGUGUUUACGUGGAUCAGCGUGGCGAUGAUGUGCUGUCCGCCCUUGCUAGGUUUCCAAAAGCCAAUCUUUGAUCGCGAGGCGUUCAUCUGCAUGCUCGAUUGGGGCAACAUGGCCGCCUACACCAUCACACUGUCUAUCCUCGUGUUAGGCCCGUCGGUCAUCACAAUCGUCUACACUUAUUGCUACAUCUUCACGAUGAUGAGACGGCUGCGAUCUGGUGUACUGAUCCACGACAAGGAGUACGCGACUGCGUUAUCGGAAAACUUGAGCAAUCCGAGUCACAUCAUGUCCUUUGUACUAGUGAUGGCUUUCUGGGUUUCCUGGGCACCCUAUGCCGGUCUACGGAUAUACGCCCUUGUUAAUGGACCGCCUCAGGUACCAUUUCUUCACUUCGCGGUAGUAUGGCUGGGUGUGACGAACAGUUUUUGGAAAGCGGUGGUCCUGGGAACCCUGAGCCCCCAAUUUCGUUUGGCAGCCCGCGUCCUAUGUCUGACGUUGUGCUGCCGGCACAGACGACUUCCGCCGGAGCUUCUUGGCCUCGAUGACGACGAUUAAAAGCCAAAACGCCUACGAGAAGAUGAUGGAGCUUUUCUUUGCGCGCAACCGUUCUAUACGCGCCCCAUUCCUAGAGCAUCGCUUUUCAUAUCCUCGGUUCGAGGUCGUUCUCGCAUCCACCGCCGCCGACGUUCUCUCGGAGUCUUCUUCGAGGGCUGAGACUGAGAUUCUUUGUUCCGAAAGGCGCUACGAUGUCCGUCGAACCGGCGGUCCACGAAUCGAACGAUUUGAAUAAGGAGGAUGCCCGUAGCGCCGAACGACCUGGCUCAGAUUAUUCUUUUUCGAGCGGCUUUCUUUGACCGCUUUCGAUCCUCUCGGUCGCCGUUUUACGCGAUAACAUUUGGAUAAGGGUGUUGUUUUUUUUUUUUAAAGAGCGACGGGAGACGAAUUCCUAGCCGAGCGAGACCGAUCGGCCGAGUACAAUAAAAUCUCCUAAUCAACGAGCAAUCGAACGCCACGAUAAUAAACCGAAACUUCGAAGACUAAGAUUUUUGCGAAGAUCAUCCUCGAUUCUAAUUCUAGAUGAGUUCGAGCGUGUCACGCGUAUGUAUCGAAGCUUGUCGCGCGUAAUCGACAGUCUAACCUGGACGCUGAGAGAACAAAACGCAAAAAAGAGACAUAGAUAAUGACGUACCUGAUCGAGGGCACGUCGUCGCUUCUUUCACCUAAACGCGUAAUAAGUGUAAGAGCAUUCCUUUUUCUAUACGAUUUCAAUUUAACUAUAGUCGAUUGUAAUCUUACACGUGUCUACCGCAGUCUAUUAUUAUCGAACACGUAUCGAUGAAAGGACAGAAAGAAUUAAAGCUCAGCCCGAAGGCGAUGAUUCAAGGAUAGUAGAUCCUCGCGACGAAAAUAAAGUGGAAUCGGAAUCAUGACGCUCUGUAAUUUUCUUUUCUUUUUCUGUUCUUUUUCUGCUUUUGCUUUCUCCUAUACGUCAAAUGAUACCGGAACUCGAGGAUCGCGCUGGAACCAGAGGGGUGGUCUCCAUUUUAGAGCGAAACUCGUUGCCUAUAUCUACGUGGUAAGAUUACGCUCAAAUAAGUAGUCGCGUACGGAAACGAGCGGUUCAUUGUUAAUACGAAUUAUAGAGGGUUUCUGCGCACAGUGUGGUUUGAGGGUGAAAAUCGAAAAUCAACUUGUAUGAUUAAAUCAUUGUUAUAUGAUCUUUUUCAAUAAAAUUAGACUUAAAGUUACAACAUGAUUUAAUAUAUUGUAACAUAAUAAUAUAAUUUCAUACAACCUGCGUUACAAAGUAUGACAUAAAUGAAAGACACAAGUGGGUAGACAUAUUUAAUAUCCAAUGAUAAAUAAAAAAAAUGAAAUAAGUUAUUUAUUACUGAUGAAACAAGUCAACUUAAACAAAUGAAAAGAUACCAAAUUUAUAAAAAAACUUUGAAAAAUUUGACUGCUAAUUAAUUGUAAAUUUUAUAGCUAUUUGAGAAUGCACAUAAUGUUUGAUUGUGUAUGAUUGAAUUUCGAUUUUUGUCCUCGUGUUAUUCAACCGUACUGUGCAGCAAAUCGAACGAGAAGGAAAGAUGACACCUGAGCUUGAAACACAAAAAAAUACAAGAGAACACUAGGUCAAUUAACGGAGAUGCCUCUACGAAUGCGACGCCGCGUCAAUCUGUGCGCCCGUAGAUCGCCCAUGCAAAUAAUCGCGUACAUGGGGAUUCGAUCGCGAUGAUUUUACGCUUUUUUUAAUGCGCUUCCUUAUCUUAUGCCAACGCGAUCGAUCCCUUCUCCUCUCUCUUUCUCUUUCUCUUCUUGUUAAACAAAUAUUUCUAUCAAGUUUUAAGUAAACUCUCUUGAGUUCUGAAAUAAAUUUCAUGAUAUAAAACCAGUAGUUGAGGAAUUUCACCAUAUUUAAAAUUAAAAUGAGGAUGUCUAGAAUUUGAUUAAGUUUGAAAUUCACUUUUGUUAAUUUGAUUUUGAUUUUACUAAGAAAAAGAUUCAAAACUUAUUUUGAAUUGAAUUUUUAUGGAAUUAUAAUUGAGGUGUGAAUUAACCUCAAAAUUUAAGUUAAAGACUGUGAAGUGCAGAAUUAAACAUAUUUGAGCGU